CUGCUCUUCUAUAGCCUGCCAAAGUCCAGCUUACGGUCAGCUUCUAAGCAUAAACACAUAGCGGACAGAAAAUACAUGGUGGCAUAUACUUAAAAAAAGAAAAGAAAAGAAAAUGGAACGAUUAAUCUGGUUAUUCGCCCUGGUGCGUUUUUGGACAGUCAUGGCUACACAUCUGUCUCCUGUUCCAUGUGAUGAUAAAAGUGUGAUGAAACUCGCUCGACUUGCUGUAAAUUACAUCAACGAGGACAGACAAGAAGGGUACAAAUUUGCCCUCAACAGAAUUUUCAACGUUCACGUUCAUCCUCAGGGUCCAGCUGGAAAGGUUUACUAUCUAGACUUGGACGUGCUGGAGACCAAAUGUCACGUCCUCAGCCGAAAAUCGUGGAAGCGCUGUGAUAUAAGGCCCUUUAUGGAAACACAAAUCACUGGGAACUGCAACACUACCAUACUACACACACCAGAAGGCCUGUCCUACCUCUACAGCUACGACUGCACUCUUGUACCAGACCCCCCUGAAAAGUUACAGAAGACAUGUCCAGACUGCCCCCUGCUGUUGGACGUGGAUAGUGACAGAGCCAUGUCCAGUGUUAAGACCACUCUGCGCAGCUACAACGGUCAGAGCACUCUGCCUGUACAGCUCACAGUGGCAGCUAUAACCCGAGCCUCCCACCAGGUCUCUCCAGUUGCAGCCAGUUUUGUUGAGUACACUGUGCAGGAAUGCUCUGUGCCACCGGUGGAUGAAGCUUUAUGCGUCCCUGCAGAGGCAGGAAAAGGGCCCAUUGGUUUCUGUGGCGGGGCGGUUUUUGGCGCUGAAGCUACCCCAACCGAUGUUAAGGUGUCCUGUGAAAUAUUCCACCCUCAGCACUCUCGGAAUUCUGUUAGCAUUGAUGCAGUCACACGGCAGGUGGAAAAGCCGAGUCCUGCUCCAGUAGUGCCGGUCCGUCCUGCAGUUCUCGAUGCCCCUGUCCCCACAUUUCCAGGUGGACUGCUAGACCCUGUUCAGCAACUUCUUCCACACAGCCCUAAUUCUUAUCAAUCAUCCAGUGAAUCCAGCGAGUCUUCUUCAGAGGAAGAGAUUGCAGGUUCGGUUCGAAUCGCCAGGCCGCCGCUGAACUUCCGCUAUGUUCCACCUUCACGCCAGAGGAGAGAGGGAUCUGCAGCAACCAUCAAUCCCACUUUCCUGGCUGUGUUCCCCAGCAUACCAUCUCCUUUCCGUUCCUGCCCUGGAGCAUCUCGUUAUACCACUGCAUAAAAAUAAUCAGAGCGUUGUGGUCAUGACAGUUCAAACAAAACUCUAGGAGAAGUUAUAGACAGUUAUGGCUAGAUUUAGCAAACAGAGCUUGUCUUAGGACUCCAUUUAAAAAACCCACUGAAAUUAUGUUGAGUCCAUAAAAUAUAUACAUGUUAUUAUGAGAUCUGGUUGCAACACUCGUCUCUUUAAGAACAAAUAAAGAAUCUUUAUGCCAAAGUUAUAUUUUCAUGCUGUGCUGAUAUAAAUAUAUAAUACAGAAUUAUAUUGCCAUCAAGAUGUAACUGUACUCUACUGACUUAAAGAAUGAAUAUCUAAGGA